AUGGAAAAGGGGGCGCAGGAAGAAAGCCCCCGAGAGCAACACUGCCUCCUGCAUCCCACAGCUUGGCAGGGCGCUCCCUGCAUGGACCACCUUCUCCUGCACCCACUACCUGGGCAGGGGACCAGGGACUCGCCCCUGUUGCUCUUCUCUCAUAAACAAGGUCCCCAGCAUCAUCUCUUGCAACCCCUGUCCCCCAACCCCAGUGCCGUGCACAGGGAACGGAAACCUCCACACUCUGAAGAAGGCUCUGGCAAAGAGCAGCAGCAGCACUUUGGAGAGGAGCAGGCUUGCCUCAGCAGGCAGCUUUCCCAGUCCAUCGUUGGGCUGGAGCCUGCAGAUUGUGAGAAGCAGGUUCAGGAGAAGAGUCAGCAGAAGGAGGGGCAAGUGAAAGCUGAAGAAUUGGAGCAGGAGAGCCAGUCGAUCUUGACAAGCAGUGGCAACAAGAAGAAGAGAGGGGAUCAUAAAGCGAUUGCCACCCAUCAAGGAGGGAAGGAUGAAGGCCAAGUCUUGGGCAGUGACAAUGCAAAGGGCAAGGGGGGACUGAAAGUGGGGAAUGUAGAAGAGACAGAGGAGAUAAAAAAAGAGGCAAACGGGAAAGAAAAUUGUGAUGCUGAAACACAGUCAGGAAGAGAGGAGCCCAUAAAAAAUGAACUGGUGGAGCUUCCUGAGGAGGACUGUCAGGGGACGGAAGAGGUGGCAUCCAAGCCUCAUGCAUCCUCCAAUGGCCCAGCUCACAUGAGCAAGGAUGCUGCCGUGUCUCAGCCUCUGGGGAUGCAGCAUUCUCAAGAACUGAAGAUUCCAAUGACACUUCAUCCUGUCCCUCCUGGGGCCAGAAUCCAGUUCCAAGGACCACCUCCAUCUGAGCUCAUAAGAGUGACUAAUGUGCCUGUGGCACAAGUGCCCCUUAAAAUGCAGUCUUUACUGGAGCCUUCAGUGAAAAUUGAAACAAAAGAUGUGCCUCUUACAGUGCUUCCCUCAGAUGCAGGAAUACCAGAUACUCCAUUUAGCAAAGACAGAGAUGGCCAUGUCAAGCGUCCUAUGAAUGCAUUUAUGGUGUGGGCAAGAAUUCAUCGGCCAGCCUUAGCCAAAGCCAACCCUGCUGCCAAUAAUGCAGAGAUAAGUGUCCAACUUGGACUGGAGUGGAACAAACUCACUGAAGAACAAAAAAAACCUUAUUAUGAUGAAGCUCAGAAGAUUAAAGAAAAACACAGAGAAGAAUUUCCUGGUUGGGUUUAUCAACCACGACCUGGUAAAAGGAAGCGUUUCCCCUUGACAGUUUCUACUGUAUUCUCCGGCACUACUCAGAAUAUUAUUGCUACGAGUCCAAUAGCAGCCUCCACUGUUUUUACUGGGACCUCUCAGAAUAUCAUUACUACAAAUCCAACAACCAUAUACCCUUUCCGAUCACCCACCUAUUCCGUAGUCAUACCCAGCGUACAGAACAGCAUUGGACACCCAGUCUGUGAAGCCCCUUCUAAUCUCCAGCUGCCAGCUCCUUCUGCUCAGCAUCCAGGCCCCAUUACGCUGUUCCAGCCCAAUGUAGGAAGCACACCACAACUGGCUGCCCCAGCUACAAACUUGCCGAUUCGCCCCAUGCUUCAACCUCAACGUUUUGCUGCACCCUCACCCACAGAAACUCACCGUGUGUCUUCAGCAACAAAUUGCUCUCUAAAAAGACCCACCCAAGUUUCCAUCGAGAGUGCAAGCAGGAACCCAAAUAAUGCAAACACUGCACAUUCCAGAUAUGGUGUCUCUAAUAAUCAGCCCCCUAAGGAAUACUCAGGUGUUUCUUCUUGUUCUAGAAAUGGACCCAUUCCCCAAGCUCCUCCCAUCCCUCAUCCACAUGUCUACCAGCCUCCUCCCAUUGGUCAUCCAGCUACUCUAUUUGGAGCUUCUCCUCGAUUUUCAUUUCAUCAUCCAUACUUCUUACCUGGACCACAUUAUUUCCCAUCAAGCACAUGUCCAUACAGCCGUCCUCCUUUUGGCUAUGGGAACUUCCCCAGCUCCAUGCCUGAAUGCCUUGGCUUUUAUGAAGACCAGUAUCAAAAACAUGAAGCUAUGUUUUCCGCUCUGAACAGAGACUAUCCUUUCAGAGAAUACCCAGAUGAGCAUGUGCAUAGUGAAGACUCCCGGAGUUGUGAGAGCUUGGAAGGGACGUCCUAUUAUAGCAGCCACAGUCAGACUGAAGAGGAAUACUUAAACCCUAUGCCGCAGCUGGACAUUGGGGCCCUUGAGAAUGUUUUCACAGCAACCCCAUCCACACCCUCAAGUGUACAGCAAGUCAAUGUGACUGAUAGUGAUGAUGAAGAAGAAGGAAAGGUGUUAAGAGAUCUGUAA